AUGCAGGAGUUACCAACUUCCAUGGAAACAGUAGUAUCCUUGUGUAUCCUCUUAUUUGAAAUCGGCCAAUACGUGACAAUUCAUGGUGACGUGAUCAGCCACGUAAAUAUUAGUCACGUGACCGUUGAAGACGGUGGAGAGUACACGUGCACUGCUGAGAACAGAGCGGGAAAAGUUUCUCAUUCCGCCAGGCUCAACAUCUACGGUAAUGAAUGA